ACAAAAACAAAGAAAAACAAUAUUUCUGAAUAGAUUUUAUUAUACAUUAUAUAUAGUACAUCUUUAAUUUUGUCACUUAAAUAUAUUUAAUUUUGUUUUUUUUUUAUCAAGUGAGCGUACUUUUUUUGCUUAUACAUCUGUGAAAAAGUUCCAAGCCGCCUGUCUAUGGCGUGCCAUGGUUUCAGCAUGGAGUUUGUCUCGAUCCCGUUAGUCCCAUGCUAUUCCCGUUGUCGGCGUGGCGUGGCGCGCCCGUGUGCUCCCAUCUUUAAAAAGUUAGGUUAUGUGUCACUUUGACAGUUGCCGCCAAAAUUAGUGAAGUUUUGUGUAUUUGAAUUUUGCUUUCGCUGUUUUUAUUUGAUGCUCGGGCCACGCGUGAUCAUAUACAGAGAAAGUUUAUUUUUAUAAUAAUAGCAAAACCACAUGCGCAAAGUUACGAGUAAACACCACAUGUCAACACCUCUGCAUAGAGAUUACUGAACUUUUGUAGGUAAAUGAACCUAUGAAGAUGGCGCAAUAUGAUAUCAUACCGAGCUACGAGGAAGAGGACAUGUUUAACGACAGGACAGACAACGUGACAGACCUACAUGCUUAUUACAUGUCACAAUUUAAUCUAGAAUUAGAAAACAGCAAUAAAAGUAAAAAAGUUGACAGUUUUAAGUAUGGAGUAGAGGAAAGUUUUGAUUUCGAAGUAUUAGAUGAUUGGAACACCGCAACGAAUAACGAAGCUGAUUUCGAAAUUAUAGAUGAAGUAAUAGACACAAAUAUUAACGAACAAAAUAUCAAAGAAGUGCUUUUAGACUUAGAUGGGAUCGACUUUGGAGACAAAAACUGUAAAGUUGAUGUUUACAAAACUCAAGAAAAUAAAAUGUACGAAACGAAUAACGACUAUAUAGAUGACGAAUCUUUAAUCGACGAACUUUGCCGAGAAGAUGGUGAGUCUUGCAGACUGACACCAGAUUUUAACGAAGAGUAUUUAAAUACGGCUGCCUCUGAGAAGAAUCUACUGCCGUCAAUAGAAACCGUGUUCUCAAAGCGUUAUUGCAAUUACAACACAGAAGAAAAUCAAAUACUAGAAUAUAAUACUAUAACUCCUGUUCAAAACACAGUGCCAAUAAAUAGUCUAGAACAUUAUAGCUACCCGAACAACAUACUUUAUAACUUGGAAGAGAGAAAAUACGUAUUACCUGACACACCGACGAGUUGUAACGAAUUCACUUUUGAUAGGAACGAGAGGAAGGUUUCCGUGUCCGAGUCUGUCGAGAGUGACGUCCACAGCUCAAGUUAUUACGACGAGAACUCGGAAAACUUCGACGAAGACGAUUUGUUUAUUAAUCUCGAUGACUUUGGAUUGACUUUUGAGACGGAUAGCACUGUGAAUGAAAGUAAAACGCAAAAUACAAGGAGGACUGAUAAGGAUAAAGUUCAAGGUGAACGAGUUUGUUUCUGGGAGCAUUGUUUCGAAAGAUAUCCGAAUCAGAAUGCACUGGUGGAACACAUUGAGAGGGCCCAUGUCAACACUUAUAAAGGUGAUGAGUUCAGCUGCUUGUGGCGGGACUGCGCGCGGGAGCGGCGGCCGUUCAACGCGCGCUACAAACUGCUCAUACACAUGCGAGUGCACUCCGGACACAAACCUAAUAGGUGCCAUCACCCUGGUUGCGGCAAGGCUUUCUCCCGUCUCGAGAACCUGAAGAUCCACGUCCGGUCGCACACGGGGGAGCGACCCUACGCCUGCCCCGCGCCGCACUGCCGGAAAGCCUUCUCCAACUCCUCGGAUCGCGCCAAGCAUCAGAGGACACACUUCAAUGCUCGUCCCUAUGCCUGCGGGGCUAUAGGCUGCGGCAAGAGAUACACCGACCCAUCCUCUCUCCGCAAACACGUGAAGACGCACCCCCACAUCAGCAACGUGCCUCGAACCUGCAUCCCUCCGUCCAGGCCCUUGCGGAAGCCCGACCAAGAGCAGACUGUACCCAGCUCCCCUGCUAAGCUGACCACACUGCGGUGUAUAAGAGAUAAGUUGACUGUUCCUAGGCUGCAGAAAUUGUAGUAUUGGGUCGAAAUGAAGGUUGAUAAAUAGGAACCAUCGGAUUUAAAAAAAAAACAUACCGA